AAGACACCCACGCUCAGACGACAGUUAACAUCUCGAUCGAGACCAACCCACACUUCAUCGGGUGGUAUCUAGGCCCAACAGGCAGUGAGUGCUCAUUCCAUUUGCCGAGCUAGUCAAAGGUUCCCGUACUCAAAACCACCCGCCCAUGCACAGCGCAAGCAUUAACUGAUCCCAACACCUGGACAACAUCCGGCACUUACGCCGCAGGAUGCUCAGGGAGCGCCUGUUCCUUUGCAACACUAUGCACAGCCAACACCCUUUUCUACAAUAACAAUGAGAGUCUCGUCUGCACAUCUGCCCGGUGUUAUACGAUGACCAUUUACGAAACCUCCCCCUACGGCGGUCCCAGCGCCAGUAACCUGUUCUGCGCCCAAGCCUGGAACGCCAAUACUGUCUACCGCGAAUUGCCCGCCGCCAGCACAACGUCAAGCUCCAAAAGCAGCCUUACCACCGCGCCUAUUACCUCCUCUCCGACCGUAACUUUGAUAAGAGAAACAUCUUCCGCCACGACCGCGUCCACGACCCGAACAACAAGCGAGACUCUUAUAUCCUCCUCAGGUGGUAGUUCAUCCAAAGCGUGGAUCGCGGGUCCGGUCGUGGGGGCGGUCGUGGGGGUGGCCAUCAUUGUCGGCGGAGCGAUCUUCUUCCUCUCUCGCAGGCAGAGACGGACUUUCCACCCCCAGGCGCAAUAUGAUACUGGCUCGGGGUACCCUUACGGGGUCCACGGGAGCUUUGUCCAGCAGCAGCAGCAGCAGCCACAGGAGAGGCAUGAAUUGUAUCAGGAGCAUUUUGCGCCCAAGGGGCCUGCGACGGUGUAUGAAUUGCAUUAGGUCAUCUUUGUGUCUGAAUGGAGAGGGUGGCUUUGACUUGGAAGAGAUAAAUAGUAUCCCCCGCAAGGUAUCGCCUAACAACUCUCACUUUCAAUGUCUUUCCACAGCAUGCUCCUUCCGAUAUGGAGAGGGAAAGCAUGAGGAAGCCCGAAAAUAUUGAGCUUCUUCGUUGCACUACUGGAUAUCCCGGACAAGGAUGAUCAAGUGACUUGUUGGUUGGGGAAGCGCUACGAACACAAACUCGACAUAGGCCUCGUUGCUCUAGGAGCUUCUCUUUUCAAGGCAACAAGGGAAAAUUUUAACAUUGAGAUAACUCUGCUCAAUCUUUCCGUCUGACGGUGUCGUACUUUGUACUAGGUCAGGCAUUUUCA